AUGGGUCAGAAAUUCGGAAAAUCAGUUGAAACCGAAAGCGUUGACGACCGGAGCGGUGUGUACAAUCAACGUACAUCUGCACCGUCGACCGCAAAUCGACCGCUGAGCUGCGAAAGCGAUCAAGAGGAGGAUUUAUUCUGGACUUAUCGAUCAAGUCAAAUACAGGAUGAGAGUUGUGUAGGAGGUGAACAGGAGGACUUAUUCUGGACUUGGCGAGUAUGUCAGACUCAGGAUGAGAGUUGUGAAGGAGGUGAACCAGUCGAUUUAUUUUGGACAUGGAGGGCGACUCAGGACGAGAGAGAUCAGGCUACAGAUGUGCUCUCUGUGCCCGCUGACAGAAAUGCCGAUGAUGAGAUUUCUGUUCAGCAUGUUACUACAGAGUUUCCGGUAAAACAGGAAACUCUCACUGGUGACUUGGAGAUCCUCACCACUCAGGAUCCAGUCGUUUCAGAGUCCCUUCUCCAUGUGCAUUUUGGGUUGGACUCGAACGAUAAUGCUGUUCAGGAUCCAGUCCCUAUCGAGUCUGAUUGGGAGGAAAACAUUAAGUUGGAUUGGAAAAUCCAGCCAGCAUCAGUCAGUCUGGCUGAGGAGGAGAUGGAGGACGAUGAGGAGGCCAGUGUGGUCAUUCGGGAAAUCAACUCAUGCCAGUAUGAGAUCGGUGACAUUCUGGCUGAAGAAGCCUCUGGAGCCAUCUAUGAGGGGACCCGGGUGAAGGAUGGCUUGAAGGUGGCAGUGAAACAUGUCAAUACGACUAAAUUUAUGGAUUAUAUCAGCAUCAUGUAG